UUUGUCCAAAACGCGACUGCGCACGCAUACAACCCCCGCACCGGCUUCUGACGUACAACAAAAUGGCGGCGUCCAUGUUACGAUGACUAAUUCAAUAUAAAUAUAAAACGAGUUAAUCGAUUGUUGAUAGUGUUACUCAUUAUUCAGUCUACAUGAUAAAGAUGACAAAACACCAUUCAUUCAUGCUGUGAAUGAUCCCUUCCUCCUCGGUUGCCAGUCUUCUAGUUCAGCGGCUCCAUCACCCUCCUCGCUUCUCCAGAUGAAGGAAAACAACCACCCCGCUAGUGGUCAAGCCUUCCUGGACCAUAUCAAGCCAUGCUGGUACUGGGACAAGAAGGACCUGGCCCACACCCCGUCCCAGUCCGAGGGCCUGGACCCAGCCACCGAGGCCCGGUACCGCAGGGAGGGGGCCCGGUUCAUAUUUGAUGUGGGGACCAGACUUGGACUACAUUAUGACACCUUGGCAACAGGUAUCAUCUACUUCCACCGCUUCUACAUGUUUCACUCCUUCAAACAGUUCCCCAGAUAUGUGACAGGUGCGUGUUGUCUCUUCCUGGCUGGGAAAGUGGAGGAGACCCCUAAGAAAUGUAAAGACAUCAUCAAGACGGCUCGCAGCUUACUGAACGACGUACAGUUCGCCCAGUUUGGAGACGACCCAAAGGAUUUUCGCCAUCAACAGGAAGAGGUUAUGGUGCUAGAGAGGAUCCUGCUACAGACGAUCAAGUUUGACCUGCAAGUGGAACACCCUUACAUGUUCCUGCUGCGAUACGCCAAACAGCUCAAAGGUCUGAAAGGUGACAAAACCAAAGUUCAGAAGCUGGUGCAGAUGGCCUGGACCUUCGUCAACGACAGUCUGUGCACCAUGCUGUCCCUGCAGUGGGAACCAGAGAUCAUAGCUGUAGCAGUCAUGUACCUGGCUGGACGGCUGUGUAAGUUUGACAUCCAGGAGUGGACGUCCAAGCAGUCGUCACGGCGAUGGUGGGAGCAGUUUGUCCAGGACGUCCCAGUGGAGCUGCUAGAAGACAUCUGUCACCAGAUCCUGGACCUGUACUCCCAGGGGAAGACUCCCAUCCCUCCAGGCCUGGAGCAGGAGACCAAGCAGAGAGGUCCACCCCACUCCCCGGUCCCUGCCCCUCCUCCAGUCCCAGAACCUCCACAGGACCAGCCUCCAGGGGGUGCUCCACCGCCCCCUCCACCCAAGAAGAACUCACCCCAGGGCAGCCCACCACGCCAGCUUAAACGCACACAUAGUUCUCUGAAAGAGGAACCUAAACCACCAGAACAAGUGGGUUGUAAGAUUCCACGGUUGGAGAGCCCUAUGCCCCCGCUGCCCACUUCACAACCCCCUCCUGAUCGUAGAGCACCACCGGUCCCUCCUGAAGCAGAGCCAGCCGUGGGGACUGAACCCGUUCCCCCUCCCCCCUCUCACGCCCCACCCCCCCACCAGCCCCCUCCCCUGCCCCACCGCCCCCCUCCUCCUCCUCCCUCUAGUUACAUCAUGGGAAUGUCCACCUCUAGCUCCUACAUGUCAGGGGAAGGCUUCCAGAGCCUUCAGUCUAUAAUGAAGACAGGGGAACCGUCCUACGCCCCCAUGCCCCCCAACUACGGUCCCCCCAUGCCCUAUCACCCUCACGUUUACCCUAACGCCCCACCCCCUGGCCCCCCACCCAGCGCCUACCCACCCCCCAACCUGCCCCCUCCCUCCCCAGCAUACCCUCCACCGGGCUACAACCACAGCUACCCUGAGUACCCCCCUCCCCCUCCACGCAUGCCCCCUCCAGGGAUGGGUAUGCCUCCUGGGGUGUACCCCCUGCCACCAGGCCAGCCUCAGGUGCCCCUGCCACCCCCUGGCAUGCCCAUGAAUCAUGGGGGAUGGAUGAGAUGAGAGGAAGAGAAAUGUGGAAGAAAAGUAGAGGAAUGUCUGAUGCUUAGCAGUCCUGUUCCUGUUGUCAGUCCUGGGUCGUGUUCAUUAGGCACCAAACAGAAGAAAGUCCCUCAGUUUGGUUAUCUGAACUUGUCCAAUAAGAAAUACUCCUUUUCGGCUUUCUGUUGCAAAACAGUUUGGUACAUUGUGUCCUAAUGAGUACGACUCUGGAGUCCACUGGAGAUCUUAACAAAUAAAGGAGCGAUCUGUUUAAUGUACAUGAUCUUAGAGGCGUUGUGGAAUCCCAUACAUGUACAUCUUUAUGAUCCCUGGAAUCUGAACAGGCAUUCUGUAGAGAUUCUAUCAGUUCCACAUUCCAAAGGGUUCCUUUUGAGAGUACACGAGGCAGAUGAUAUUGAAUCCUUAACAUGGUUGAACACAUUUUGAGAUGAAUUGAAAGGAAAUACAAUUGAUAUUUAGACUGAUGGUCCGGUUAAUGCUACAAAAAGGCUGCUUGUUUUUGCUUACAUAUUUUUUGUCUGUGUGAAAAUAAAAUAUUUUCAGUAAUCAAUAUUGUGAUAACUUUACCUUGUGUGUGGAAAACCAAGUUGGGUUUAUCGCGGAAAAUACCAAACUUAUUUUUUCCUCCUUAUUAUUUUAAUUUAGCUGUGUGAUUAUUGGUUAAUCUGUCAAAUGUAUUGGACUGGAUGUACCCUGUAUAAUUACAGUAAUUGCACUUAAACUGUUACUUGUAGGAGUCAUGAACUGAGAGACGUUGGUAACCCAUAUCUGAACGGCAGGGCGAUAGAGCACUGGACAGCCAGGGGUGUAUUUGUACAUAAUGAUCAACUUUACUAUGUGAAAUCUGAGCGAUGGGAUCUUUUUAGAAUGCUUAUAUCAAUAGUGCCUUAAUUAGGCUUUACUUUAACAAACUAUUUUGUGCUUUCUAUACACACACACACACUUUUAUGUCUCGUAGGCCCUUGGGAUAAUAAAAUAAAUUUAUCUUACUUUGAAACGA